AUGGCUUUAUUAGUUUACGUUGAUGACAUUAUCAUCACAGGUGCAUCUCAGUCUAUCAUUACUGAUUUGAAGUCCCGUCUUAAUGCUGUGUUUAGGCUUAAAGAUUUGAGGCACUAUCCUCUUCAACUAAUUGAAGAUGCUGGGUUGCUUGGUUCUAAACCAGCUUCAUUGCCCAUGGAUACUAAUAUCAAAUUGAUGUUGUUUGAUGGUGAGCUUUUGGAAGAUCCUACUCUGUAUAGCAGACUUAUUGGCAGGCUGUUCUUCGCGCCUUUUGUGAUGCCGACUGGGCCUCUUGCCUGGACUCCCGAAAGUCGACAAGCAUUUUUUUUGGGAGAUAGUCUUGUUUCUUGGAAGGCCAAAGAGCAGACCACAGUGUCUCGGUCUUCAGCUGAAGCGGCGUAUCGUGCACUCACUGCUAGCACUAGUGAGCUUGUUUGGCUUGUUCAUCUUUGGAAGGAUUUACAUGUGCCUUUUCAACCUCCUGCCUUGCUUUUUUGUGAUAAUCAAGCGGCUAUUCAUAUAGCAUCUAAUCCUUCCUUUCACGAGCGCAGGAGACUGUCACUUUGUUCGUGA